AUGGAUAUGCCAACCCCAUGGGAGAAGUCAUUCACCCGCGGCCUGGAGGAAAUGUGGCAAUCUUUCAUCGACAAACAGUCCAUGCUUGUCGAAGACGAGAUACUCCGGGCCAUCGAAGACUGGCUCGAGAAGUGGAUGGAGAGAAGGACGGCUAUGUCUGCCAGCAUCAUGGCCGGUAUCACUGGCGACGAGGAGGGAGCCGCACAGCUGUGCAACAGGAUACCUACGGCUAGAGAUGUGGCCGGAAACGUCGCCAAGCGCCUGCACACGAGAUACCAUUUCGACGACGUGCGUAUUGUCGAGCCCGAGAUCAUCUCCAUUUCCCCCGGUCCAGACGAAGGUGUUGCCGAUUCCCAUCAUUCCAAUGACCAGCACGAGGAUCCCGGUCGAGACGCUGCCACCAGGAACGGCGCGGCGGCACAGAUUCAGCGGGCAAGCCUGACUCAAACCCAGGACGGCGUCGGCGGGCUUGGGUUUCCCCGGCGCGGCACGGCACGCCACGGCUACGAUUUGCGGAGCAUUUAUGAGCUCCCAAGCUCUGAUUCCGAGAGAGGUGAGGGGGACGAGGAUGACGAGGGCUCGCGAGCGCCGACGAGGAUGCGUACGAUAGACGCAGAUGAGGUGCAGGAUCAGGACUUCAUCUUCCAGCAUUCUGGUUUAGGGCGCGGCUACUUUGUCAUCCGAUGCGAGCGCAACAAGGACGCCACCGGCGUGGUGCACCGGUUCGACACAGACCCAUUGAAGGGCGAUCGAAUCAUCAAACACUUUAGAAGCGCGAAACCCCGGCCGCGUUGCCACAACGCCGAUCAAGCGCUCCCCCGUAUCAGGAAGCUAGAGGCGAUCAGGAGAUUUGGAUACAGAGUGGUAGACACCCAAGGCGACGACGUCACCCGCGGGUGGGUGGCGCAGAGCAAUAAGCGUCUAAUCGCCAAGGUGAAGGAAAGGGAGAGAGCCAAGGCCGCGGCCAGGAGGAAGGGGCAGGCCAAAGCCCAACAGGCAGCCAGCUCCAAGGACAAGGAGAAGCAGAGGGGACCGCCCCCCCUGUACGACGGGCCUGCGAGGAAGUGCGUCUCGAGUGCGUCCGCCGUCAACGUCGCUGAGCUCGGGGCUGCUGGACCGUCCAACGGCGCGGGCGCAGCUGCCGGCGCGGGCGCCGGGUUCCACGAAACUGGGCAGGGAGCCAGUGCUAGCAACUCGGGUCAAGCACACCAGGGCGAUGGUGGGGAGGAGACGGACGAGGACUCAAUUCUGAGAGACCGAGUCGUCAGUGACAUCGUUGUCGACCCUGAAGUGAACCAAGCGAGCCCCCCCAGGUUCAGCGAGUUGUGGGCCGAGUCCUAUCAAGCCGGAACGAGGACUUAG